AUGCCCAAAAGAACUACUCUUACAGAUGCACAAAAACGUGAACUUUGCGAAUGUCAUCAUAGAGUAGUAACAUACCCAGAACUUGACUACGCCCUAAGAGAGUUUGUGCUGAUUUAUCAGAAUCAAACAAUUCUAAGUGACGCAAUACUUGUCGAAAAAGCCAAAGUACUUGCCAAUGGCCUAGGAAUUCCUGAGGAUGCAUUGCAGUUUUUUCACGAUUGGCUUAGUAAGUUUAAAGAACGAAAUAAUAUUCAUCAACAUAAACUUAAAGGAGAAGCUGAGUCUGCUGAUGAAGCAGCUAUAUUACUGCCUUACCAACUCUAA